CAGCCCUCGUGUCGAGGAUCGUGGCCCAAGAACGGCCUGCGUCCCGGGAACACAGACGCGACCGGAAGCGCUCAGAACCCCCCAGAAAGACCCAGGACUCGUGUGCCCAGAAAACGUCCCGCUGCCCUCACUGCCGGGAUCCCAGCGGCAGACCGGGCUGGCUUGGUGUGGUGGUGGGGGGUUGAGGAACGAGUCUCUUAGAGAGGCGGGCGGCACGGAGGAGCCUGAGGAAAGAGCCCCGGGCAAAUCUCUGCGCCCCGCGCGCACCGGGACCGCGUCUCCGCCCCCCUCGAGCCCCGCGGCUUCGGAGAACAGGCGGACCCGUGGAUCCGCCCGCCGGGGACGGGGUGGAGCCGCACUGCGCAUGCCCCGCGGCAGAGGCCGGCGGAGGCGGUGGCUCCCGGCAGCGUGCUGCGCGCGGCGCUAAUUAGUAAUUGUCCUCCUGCUCCCGGGAGGCGGCGACGGCGGCGCGUGGGGCGCGGCUUGCCGGGUUCUGCGCGGCGCUACCCCGACCGAGGGGCAGCCGGGCCGAUGAGACCGCCGCCCCUCCCUGCUGUGUAGAGAUCUCUAGGGAGACAAGUAAGGGUCGGCUCCGCACCGCCGGCGGGAACUUGAACCGGCGCGCGGGAGCGGCCCGGGGGUCGGCGAGGCAGCGGAGAGGAAGGUGCGAUGGCGAGGAGUUUAUCAGUGAUCUUGAUCCUGACCUUGACUCUGUCAGUCACAAAUCCCCUUCAUGAAGUAGGACCAGCCACUGCUUUCCCUCAGACCACUGAGAAAAUUAUUCCAAGUUUGGAAUCUGGCAUUAAUGUUGACUUGGCAGUUACCACACGGCAGCAUCAUCUCCAGCAGCUUUUCCACCGCUAUGGAGAAAAUAAUUCCCUGUCAAUUGAAGGGUUCAAAAAGUUGCUUCAGAAUAUAGGGAUAGAUAAGAUUAAGAGAAUUCAUAUACACCAUGACCAUGAGCAUCACUCUGACCAUGAGCAUCAUUCUGACCAUGAGCAUCACUCUGACCAUGAGCAUCACUCUGACCAUGAGCAUCACUCUCACCAUAAUCAUGCUGCUUCCAGUAAAACUAGUCGGAAAACUCUCUGCCCAGAUCAUGACUCUGAUGGUUCAAGCAAAGACCCAAGAAACAGCCACGGGAAGGGAUCUCAUCGAUCAGAACAUGCCAGUGGCAGAAGGAAUGUUUUAAUCAAGGAGGGUGUUGGUGCUAGUGAAGUGACCUCAACUGUGUAUAAUGCUGUCUCUGAGGAAACUCACUUUCUCGAGACCAUAGAAACUCCAAAACAUGGAAAACUUCUCCCCAAAGAUGUGAACAGUUCCACUCCACCCAGUGUCACAGAAAAGAGCCCAGCAAGCAGACUGGCUAGUAGGAGAACCAAUGAAUCAAUAAGUGAGCCCAGAAAAGACUUUAUGUAUUCCAGAAGCCCAGGCGAAAAUACUCAGGAGUGUUUCAGUGCCUCGAAGCUGCUUACAUCUCAUGGCAUGGGCAUCCAGGUUCCAUUGAACGCCACCGAGUUCAACUAUCUCUGCCCAGCCAUCAUCAAUCAGAUCGAUACUAGAUCGUGUCUGAUUCAUACAACAAGUGAAAAGAAAGCUGAAAUCCCUCCAAAGACCUAUUCUUUACAAAUAGCCUGGGUUGGUGGCUUCAUCGCCAUUUCCGUCAUCAGUUUCCUGUCUUUGCUGGGCGUUAUCUUAGUGCCGCUCAUGAAUCGGGUGUUCUUCAAGUUUCUUCUGAGUUUCCUUGUGGCCUUGGCUGUUGGGACACUGAGUGGUGAUGCUUUCUUACACCUUCUUCCACAUUCUCAUGCAAGUCAUCACCAUAGUCACAGCCAUGAAGAAGCAGCAAUGGAAAUGAAGAGGGGACCACUUUUCAGCCACCUCUCUUCUCAAAACAUGCAAGAAAAUACCUAUUUUGAUUCUACAUGGAAAGGGCUGACAGCUCUGGGAGGCUUGUAUUUCAUGUUUCUUGUUGAACAUGUCCUCACGUUGAUCAAGCAAUUUAAAGAUAAGAAGAAAAAGAAUCAGAAAAAACCUGAAAAUGAUGAUGAUGUGGAGAUUAAAAAGCAGCUGUCCAAGUAUGAAUCUCAACUUUCAACAAAUGAGGAGAAAGUAGAUGCAGAUGAUCGACCUGAAGGCUAUUUACGAGCUGACUCACAAGAGCCCUCCCACUUUGAUUCUCAGCAGCCAGCAAUCUUGGAAGAAGAGGAGGUCAUGAUAGCUCAUGCCCAUCCGCAGGAAGUUUACAAUGAAUAUGUACCCAGAGGGUGCAAGAAUAAAUGCCAUUCACAUUUCCAUGAUACACUCGGCCAGUCUGAUGAUCUCAUCCACCACCAUCAUGACUACCAUCAUAUUCUCCAUCACCACCACCACCAGAACCACCACCCCCACAGCCACAGCCAGCGCUACUCUCGGGAGGAGCUGAAAGACGCUGGCAUUGCCACAUUGGCCUGGAUGGUGAUCAUGGGAGAUGGCCUGCACAAUUUCAGCGAUGGCCUCGCAAUUGGUGCUGCUUUUACUGAAGGUUUAUCGAGUGGUUUAAGUACUUCUGUUGCAGUGUUUUGUCAUGAGUUGCCUCAUGAAUUAGGUGACUUUGCUGUCUUACUCAAGGCUGGCAUGACUGUUAAGCAGGCUGUUCUUUAUAAUGCCCUGUCAGCCAUGCUGGCGUAUCUUGGAAUGGCCACAGGAAUUUUCAUUGGUCAUUAUGCUGAGAAUGUUUCUAUGUGGAUAUUUGCACUUACUGCAGGCUUGUUCAUGUAUGUUGCUCUGGUUGAUAUGGUACCUGAGAUGUUGCACAAUGAUGCUAGUGACCAUGGAUGUAGCCGCUGGGGCUAUUUCUUUUUACAGAAUGCUGGGAUACUUUUGGGUUUUGGAAUUAUGUUGCUUAUUUCCAUAUUUGAACAUAAAAUUGUGUUUCGUAUAAAUUUCUAAUUAGGGUUUAAAUGCUGGAGUAGCUUAAAGCUAUAGUUUGCUGUCUGUAGUUUGAAUAGGUCAUAGGGAGAUGAGUUCGUACGAUGUGAUCCGUAGCACUUAAGGUUAGUGGAUUUUGUGAUUUUUUUUGUAUUGAAUAUUGUCAUUUGUUAUGCUUAUAAGGUCAGUUAUGGUGGUAACAUAAAGGUACGUUUUAAUAUUUAAGUUAUUCUGUUUUGGGAAUAUAAGCUGUAUGUGCAAUUUACCAAUAUUACCAGUUUAUUGUAUAAACAAGAGAUUUGGCAUGACAUGUUCUGUAUAUUUCAGAAGAAAAUAUCUUUAAUUUUUUUUUUUCUAGAACUAAUUUAAUAUAGUGAUUCCCAUGCUGGAUUUUAGACCUCUGAAGAACUGCUGGUGUUUAGGAGUAAGAAUACACAUGAAGCUUAAGAUACCAAUAAAGCUUAAACUGAAUUUAAACUAAGAAAUAAGCAGAAAAAGAGAAGAAUCUAUAUGAAUUAAGAAGUUCUAGAUUUUGUAUAAAAAAUCAAAACUGGUUAUUAAAUAGAAGGGGAAAUUUAGACAUAAAUGAAAAAAGGCAGUAUUACUAAAGUACAGAGUACAUUCAUAAACAUUUUUGUCAAAGAGUAUUAAUUUCCAAUAAAACCUCAGCACUUUUUACUAAUUUAGUUGUACAUUUAACUUCGUAUAGCAAAAGCAUCUAAAUAUAUUUAAUAAUUUGCAAAAUACAUCAUUUGACCAGGAAAUUAGAAUUUUAAAAUAUGUGUGGAGAUAUGCCAGAUGAGUAUGAGUAAGUUUAUGUAUUGUCAAAAGACUUGGAUAUCACCAAGUUAUAUAUCACCCAAAGGUACAUUAUUGGAUGUUCUAGUUAUCUGGUUUACCACUUGUCAGCAUAUUAGAAUUUCAAUAUAUGUAAGAACAUUAAAACAAUACUGAUUAUAAUUUGACUUCUUGGAUUCAGAAAGUAAUUUGGUAUCUUUCAGUGCUUCAGUGUUGUUGUUGUGAGCAGUUGUCCUUUUUAUAUAUAGUACUUUAGAUGUACUAGGGUUGUAUGGCAUUCUCUAGUUGUUGCUUUUCUACAAAAUAAAUUCCCAUGUCAGCUUCAUAUCAUA